AUGAAACCUUUAAAUAAAAAUGUAUAAGUAAUUCAUGAUUGGCAUGAUGGUCCAGUUAGAGUGAAUCUGAAAAAGUAUUGGAAAAAGAAUCCUUUGGAUUACAUUUAAUUACCUAAACCUUAUUCUUAAAAGAAUAAGAUAACUUAUUCAAAAAGAAUCAUUAAUGAUUUCGUUGAAGUUGUCAAUAAUAGAUAAGAGAUGGUUAAUGGUAUUGUUGAAACAGCCAAUCAUUUUUAGUUGGCAUCAUCCAAAAUAUAAGAUUGUUUUGCUGAGUUUUAUGGUCCUGAAACUCAUUAUCAAUAAGAAUUAGAUAGAGUUUUAGAUAAUGUCAAACCUGAAUUUAGAUACAUAAAGGCAAUAGCACAUUAGAAUCUAAAAAAAAUACAUAGUCUUUUGAGAAAGUAAAAACAUGAAACUCAAUAGGAAUUGCAUCCAUUUAAAAUAAUGACUAAAAAAGAUAAAUUGUUUUUACUUAGUGAUCCAAAAAAUGCUGAUAUUUUAAAAAGUGAUUCUAGAUAAUCUAGAACAGAAACUGUAACUAUUACUCCUGGAGAGGAUAAGUUUACAUCAUAAUAUAAAAUAAUGAUACAAAAAGAACAUUAAAGAGAACAACAAAAAUAAAAUAUGAUUUAAAUUAGAUUGUUUGAUAGUUAACUGAAAUAUUAAGGUGAUGAUUUUGUAAAAUAGAAUAUAUUCAAAUCAAACAUGAAACAUACCUACACUCCUAAAAAUAUUGAUAAAAAUUAUUAUGUUAAUAAUUUGAGACAUUCUACUUAGGAAUCUGUUGAAUUUAAAAAUCCAUCCCAUUUCAAAACAGCUAUACAUAGUCGUCAUAUAAGCAAAUAUACAUCUCCUAAUGGUUCCCAAGAUAUGAUCAUUGGAUAUGACACUAUCAAAGAAGAUAAAGUUAAUCCUUUAUAAUAUUCAAGUGAAGGCAAUAAAAAGAGAUCUUAUCGCUCUUUUAAGGAUUUAAUAAAUUAGCCUAAGGAAAUUGAAAUCAGAAAUAUGACAGAUACAAAAAAAUAUACAAGAACAUCAUCCUAACCUAUACUAAGUCAUAUAUGA